AUGGCUCCCGGAACUCUCGUCGAGGACGAGGCCCAGCCCGCCGCGGCCGCUUCUCCCGCCGUCUUCAAGCACAAGAACGCCUACCACAACCAAGACGCCCCCCGCGACAUCUUCCCCGACGGCAUCCGCACCUCGGGCCAGCACCCUCCCCUCUACGACGUCCUCCGCCCUUACUCCGAGUUCCCCAAGGAGAUCACCGGCCCGACUGUCUGGAAGCGCGAGGACUUCGUCAACAACCCCGAGCGCUGGGUGCACCCCUUCACCGAUGAAGAGGUCCAGGAGCUCUCCGACACGGCCGACGCCUUCAUCGCCUCCGGCACCCCGUUGACCGGUAUCUCGCAGGAGAACUUCCCCCUGCCCAAGCUGGGCAAAGUCCUGACCAACCUCCGCGACGACCUGCUCAACGGCAAGGGCUUUAUUUUGUUUAAGCGCUUCCCCGCCGACGUCUGGGGCGCCGAGAAGAACGCGGUCGCCUACAUGGGCUUGGGCACCUACCUGGGCUACUUCGUCUCUCAGAACGGGCGCGGCCACGUCUUGGGCCACGUCAAGGACGUCGGCGACGACCCGACCCAGAUCCACACGGUGCGCAUCUACCGCACCACGGCCAGGCAGUUCUUCCACGCCGACGACGGCGACAUCGUCGGCCUCUUGUGCGUGCACCGUGCGCAGGAGGGCGGCGAGAGCGAUAUCGUCUCUGUUCAUAACGUCUGGAACACUUUGCAGCAGGAGCACCCGGAUGUCGCUGAGCUCCUCACCAAGCCCAUCUGGUACUUUGACCGCAAGGGCGAGGUGUCGGAGGGCCAGGCGGAGUGGGUUCGUCAGCCGGUUGUGUACAUUGAGAACGGCGGCAAGGGAAGACUCUACUGCAAGUGGGAUCCGUACUACGUCAAGUCGUUGACUCGUUUCAGCGACAAGGGUCUCAUCCCUGCGCUGAGUGAGGAGCAGUUGAGGGCUAUGCAGAUUCUGGAGGAGACUUGCCAGAGGCUGGCGCUGCAUAUGGUGCUGGAGGUGGGCGAUAUCCAGUUCUUGAGCAAUGCGCAUUUGUUGCAUGCUCGUACUGCUUAUAGGGACUUUGCCCCUCCUGCUCCCCGUCGUCAUCUCCUCCGUCUCUGGCUCGCCACCCCCGAGAGCGAGGGCGGCUGGGCUCUCCCCAUGCCUGACAGCGACGAGAAGAAGCGCGGUGGUAUCCAGGUGAACAACACCCCUCCCAAGGCUCCUCUCGAUGCCGAGUAA